AUGAUCGUCCUUCGAGAAUCAACAGUCGGUAAAACACAUAAACAGACGCUGCUUAUGUUGCAGCUACUGGCAUUCGCCCUCAAUUUGAAAGCCGCAACGGCAGAGAAUACCACACAGUUGCAAGACCUAGAGGCAAGGCUCGAAGAGAACGGCCAAGAGACUCAGCUCCAUGGCGUGAUCCUACAAGACUUAAUGAAUGCGACCAACAGUUCUAAACACUACGUCAAAGUGCAGUCAUACGGAUACCAGUACCUGCAUUUGCAACAACAGACUCGCGGCAAAGACAGUCUGGAAGGCUUCUUCUAUGAAUUUGCACAGAACCUCCGCAAGGCCUUGAACAUCUAUGAAUCGCACUCAAAGAUCAAGGAUGAAGAGUACCUCAACAUGCUCACCCGUCUAUCAGAAACGCUCCUCAAGGAAACAACGUCUGGUCAAGCACAGAAAGAGGCUCAACUCCUCUGCGACCAGGCCAUCGAACUCGAUCAAUCACUCUCGUCUUCAUCCACCCUACGCCCGCCCGUCUCUUUCCACAGCAAAGCACGAAUCUCACGCCUCUCAUACAAGAUAGGAAAAUACCCAGAGUCCGAAGCAGUGGCCCUCGGCGUGGUCACAGAGGGCGAGAAAGUCCUAAGAGCAAGCCACACGGCCCUUCUCGGUAGCAGGCGGCGGAUUGCACGACUGAUGGCGUGCACCGAGAGAAAAGACGAAGCACUAGUACUGAUGCGCUCAGCUUUCUAUUCGGACGUCGAGCGCAGGGGUAAGAAUGACAAGGGCACGCUGGAGACGGCGGGGCAAUACGGGGCGUUGUUGAGAGAUAUGGGGAGAUUGUGGGAGGCAGAGUUGGCACUGAGGGCGGCGUUGAUGAAGAAGGAGAGGGAACUGGGUUGCGGGAGUCCGUGGAGUGUGGAGACUAGGAACGAUUAUGUUUUACUUUUGCUUAUGGGCUAA